AAACCUUCCUUUGGCCUCUCGGGCUAGGUUGGAGACAAGGAAAGGGAGAGGGGAGAAAGAAGGCAGGCAGAGAAAACCUUCAAGGCUGACCGAGGCAGCUUGGCGAGCCUCCGGGUUGCAGGCUCUGUUGGGAAAUGCUGCUGCCUCCAGGUCGGCCAGAGCUGUUCUCAUACUCACACCAUCUCUUCUCACCCCUCCCUCUCUCUUCUACCGAAUAGAGAACCAUCCCUGGGCUCUUAACCGCGGCAUUCCCAGCCAGUAUCCCCUUACAUCCCAGGCGGCGCACUCCCGCACUGUUGAGCACCGGGCGCCAGCAGGACGCCCUCUUCUCCGGUCCUCUUCCCCCUCUCUGCCCUGCUUCUGCGGCUCCUGCACCACCUCCACCCACACCAGCUCGAAGACAACGCCACCCAGCCGCGGCGAGGGCUACAAGCCCAGGGUCGCGCACCGAAGAGAGAUGCCAACUUCGGACCCCAAGCUCGGUAGGGGGCGUCCUGGAGCAGAGAGUGAGGCAAGUGGUAUAAAAGAGUGUGAGGGUCGCCCACCCUGAAGCCUGAGCUUCUAACAUGAGCCAUCCCUACCCAGCCCCAUUCGGGCUAGAGCCCAGCGAGCUAGCCCAUCUGUGGCAUCCGCGGCCGCCUCCUCCUUGCACCUCCUAGACGACCCCUCCCUCCCGGGACCUGCAUCCCGCUCCGCCAAUCAGAGUCCGAGUGCCGCUUUCCACGUGACCCCGGGCGGGCUAAGGACCUGCUGCUUCCCAAACGCCAGAGGGAUGCGGGCGGCAGAGCGCGAGAGGCGGCUGGUGGGCUGCGGGGCGCUUUGACUGUCCCCUCACUCUGUCUCCUCCGGCUCCUCUCCUUUACCCCCUGGCUUCUGUGUUUUCCUGCUCCUCGGUUUCCCAGGGCCCCCUCCUUAUGGCAGCAGCUUUCCGCGUCUCUGGAACAGCUUCUCAGCGGACGACCCUCUCCCUCCCCAGGCUGAGCCGGGUCACUGGAUGUUGGUGAAACUCUGGAGAUCAUGCGCGGGUUUGGCUGCUGCUUCCCCGCCGGGUGUCACUGCCGCCGCCGCCGCCUUUGCUGCCGCCGUCCGCGGGAUGCUCAGUAGCUCGCUGCGUGGUCCCCGCGAUCCUGUGUUCUUCCGAAGCCGUUUGCUGCUGCAGAGUUGCGCGAACUAGUCAUGGUGCUGUGGGAGUCCCCGCGGCAGUGCGGCAGCUGGACACUUUGCGAGGGCUUUUGCUGGCUGCUGUUGCUGCCGGUGAUGCUGCUCAUCGUAGCACGCCCAGUGAAGCUCGCUGCUUUCCCUACCUCCUUAAGUGACUGCCAAACGCCCACCGGGUGGAACUGCUCUGGUUAUGAUGACAGAGAAAAUGAUCUCUUCCUCUGUGACACCAACACCUGUAAAUUUGAUGGGGAAUGUUUGAGAAUCGGAGACACUGUGACUUGCGUCUGUCAGUUCAAGUGCAACAGUGACUAUGUGCCUGUGUGUGGCUCCAAUGGGGAGAGCUACCAGAAUGAGUGUUACCUGCGGCAGGCUGCCUGCAAACAACAAAGUGAGAUACUUGUGGUCUCAGAAGGAUCAUGUGCUACAGAUGCAGGAUCAGGAUCUGGAGAUGGAGUCCCUGAAGGCUCUGGAGAAACCAGUCAAAAGGAGACAUCCACCUGUGAUAUUUGCCAGUUUGGUGCAGAAUGUGAUGAAGAUGCCGAGGAUGUCUGGUGUGUGUGCAACAUUGACUGUUCUCAAACCAACUUCAAUCCCCUCUGUGCUUCUGAUGGGAAAUCUUAUGAUAAUGCAUGUCAAAUCAAAGAAGCAUCGUGUCAGAAACAGGAGAAAAUUGAAGUCAUGUCUUUGGGUCGAUGUGAAGAUAACACAACCGUGACCACUAAAUCUGAAGAUGGACAUUAUGCAAGAACAGAUUAUGCAGAGAAUGCUAACAAAUUAGAAGAAAGUGCCAGAGAACACCACAUACCUUGUCCAGAACAUUACAAUGGCUUCUGUAUGCAUGGGAAGUGUGAACAUUCUGUCAAUAUGCAGGAGCCAUCUUGCAGGUGUGAUGCUGGUUACACUGGACAACACUGUGAAAAAAAGGACUACAGUGUUCUAUACGUUGUUCCCGGUCCUGUACGGUUUCAGUAUGUCUUAAUUGCAGCUGUGAUUGGAACGAUUCAGAUUGCUGUCAUCUGUGUGGUGGUCCUCUGCAUCACAAGGACUAAGUUUUAGGUAAUCUCAUUGGACUAAGAUUUGUAAACUUUCCAACCUUCUAGGAAAUGCCCCAGAAGCAACAGAAUUCACAGACAGAAGCAAAAUACAGGGCACUACAGUUCAGACAACACAACAAGAGCGUCCACGAGGUUAAUUUAAAGGGAGCAUGUUUUACAGUGGCCGGACCGACAGCUUGGACUACACAAUACAGUAUUAUAGACAAAAGAAUAAGACAAGAGAUCUACACAUGUUGCCUUGCAUUUGUGGUAAUCUACACCAAUGAAAACAUGUACUACAGCUAUAUUUGAUUAUGUAUGGAUAUAUUUGAAAUAGUAUACAUUGUCUUGAUGUUUUUUCUGUAAUGUAAAUAAACUAUUUAUAUCACAAUAUAGUUUUUUCUUUCCCAUGUAUUUGUUAUAUAUAAUAAAUGCUCAGUGAUGAGAAAAAUGGCAUUCUUAAAUUUUCAGUAUUUCAUAACUGUAAAUAUAAUCCAACUAGUACAAUUUGUACAGGCCUCAGUAUUUCAACUUUCUGCACAUUUUAAGACAGCACAUUAGUUUGUACAGGACUCAGUGGCUAGGUUUUGAGUGAUUCCAAGAUCAAGAGAAAUGAUAGUUAUUGGAAAAGAGAAAAAAUAAUUUACUUUAUAUCGAGUGGGGAUAAAAUAUUUUAGAUCUUUGAAUCAUCUAUAUUUCAUCUACUAUCUUCCCUGGUCUUCUAUUUUCAUUCCCUGAGCAGAAAAAUCUCUGGCAUAUAAAUUAAAUCAAAGAAGAACAGUAGCAAAAGUAUUUUAAAACUCAUAAAAGAGAAGGAAAGAAGAUACUGGUUUUUAUUUGGCAAACAGCUUAGAAUCUCUCAGUUAAAUGCAUAUAUCCAAAGGGUCCUGAGUAAGUUAGAUAUUAGGUGUACACAUUAUAGCAAAAUCUAUUCCAUUUAGGUGAGUGGAAUUAGCAGCAAUGGGAAAAUUUUAAUAACAUCAUUAAAUGUGAAACACCAAAGUUACAAUUUUUUAGAAGAACCUUAUUAUAUUAUCAUAGUAUAUACUUUCUGAAAAAAAAAAGUUGGAUUCUUAAGUACAUAUCACGUAUUAAUAGUGUAUGGCUAAUGAGUUACCAUUAUUUAAAAAGCAACUAUGACAAUGACAACAUUUUAUGAAAAGAGAGAAAUAUGCCUUGAGCAUAUUUACAUGAUCAUAAAAUAGAAAAUUAAUCCCCUAGAAUCUAAAGGACCUUAGUGAAAAGCUGGUGUCAAUUUUUGUCAGAUUUGAGCAUGCAGAUAAGUAUGAUCACAUUGGGAAAAAAUAAAUUGUGACAAUUCUAAAAGAAUAAGAUGGAAUUAUAAUUUGAGUAAUUUCCUUAUUAUCAUUUAUCUCUGCAUACCUUCUGUUGCUCAUAUUGUAUAUUUAAAUAAAGUUCUCUUUGUCUCCUUCAAA